AUGGAGAAGUGGAACUUAUUGAGAAAUUUAGAUACACAAAUUGAGAGUGUUUUUGUUAAAAGAACAACAAAAGAGGUGGAGCAUAAUCGAUUUAGGUUGAAGGCGGCAAUAGAGGCUGCGAGACUUCUAGCAAACCAGGGACAAGCUUUUAGAGGCCAUGAUGAAUCUGAAAGCUCUCUUAAUGCUGGAAAUUUUAGGCAAGUUAGAAAGUCUUUUGAAAGAAUGGCUAGUGAUGAUGAUAGGGUUGUAUUGGAGAAUGCUCCUGGAAAUGCCAAGUACACCUCUCCACCUGUUCAAAAGGAGCUCUUGAAUAUUCUAGGUAAUAGAGUGAGGCAAAUGAUUCGUGAAGAAGUUGGUGAUGCCAAGUUUUGCAUUCUUGUUGAUGAAGCAGUAGAUGCAGCUGGCAAGGAGCAAAUGUCUAUUGUUUUAAGGUUUGUUGAUCGUUAUGGCUUCAUCCGAGAACGGUUCUUUAAGAUAGUGAGUGUUCCUAAUACAACCUCAUUAACUCUUAAAUUAGAGAUAGUCAAAGUUCUUGGUAUGUUCAAUUUGCAAGUGGAAAAUAUGCGUGGUCAAGGAUAUGAUGGAGCUAGUAACAUGAGUGGUGUUUGGAAUGGUUUACAAGCAUUGUUUCUUGAGGAUUGUCCAUAUGCAUAUUAUGUUCAUUGUUUUGCUCAUCGUUUGCAACUAGCAUUAAAUGGUGCAGCUAAGGGUGUUCAUGAUACAUAUCGCUUCUUUUCUACUUUAUUAUUGGUUGUGAAUUUUGUGGAUUCAUCUGCUAAGCGCAAAGGUGCGUUAAAAGCUGCUAGAGAGGAUGAAAUCCAAGAUUUGAUAGCUCUUGGCAAUCUUCAAACAGGUACGGGUUCUAAUCAAACUUGUACUUUGCAACGACCUGCUACUACUCGUUGGAGCUCUCAUUUUCGUUCUAUCAAGAGUUUAAUUGAACUAUUUGGUUCAACCAUGACAAUUCUGGAUCAUAUGAUGGACACUGCAACCUUACCUAUUCAGGGAGAAGCCAGUGGUAUUCUGAGAGCUAUGAGAUCGUUUGAGUUUGUGUUUUGUCUGAUUUUGAUGCAUAGAGUCAUGAAAGUCACAGAAGUUCUUUGUCAAGUGGUACAACGAAAAUCCAUUGACAUUGGAGAAGCAAUGAAGUUUGUUGAUCAUACUAAAGAACUUCUUCAAUACAUGAGAGAUGAUGGUUGGGAUGAUUUUCUUAUGGUUCUUGCAUCUUUCUGUGAGACACAUAAUAUUGAUAUGCCUGAUAUGAGUUCUCGUUGGUUAGACGGUACAGGUCGUCCGAGUCAACAGAAGAAUUUUAUCACACAUGAGCACCACUUCCGUGUAGAGGUAUUCAAUGCUGUACUUGACUUUCAAUUAAGUGAGCUAAAUAAGAGGUUCAAUGAGAGAUCUUGUGAACUCCUUACGCUCACUUCCACUUUGGAUCCUCAUGAUAAGUUCAGCCUGUUUGAAACACAAAAGGUACUCCUUCUUGCUAAAAGCUUUUAUCCUCAAGAUUUUUUGCAAGAUGACCUUCUUACUUUGGAAUUGGAGUGUGCAUAUUAUAAAAAAGAUAUGACUCAGGAUGUAGCAUUUCACACCUUAGAUUCUAUGUCUGAUUUGUGUCGGAAACUUGUUCAAAGAAGAAAAUCAGACUUUUAUCCUAUGAUCUAUAGGUUGCUUUGUUUGGUGUUGACUCUUCCUGUUUCUACUGCAACCACUGAGAGAGCUUUUUCUAUCCAUGAAUAUCAUCAAAAACAAACUUAG